GUUCCCAAGGAGAACCCCGCAAAAGAAAGAGGUCGUGUAUCCGGGAUCCUCCGGUAAAAAUCCCUCAAACCAGCACGAGGAAAGGACAGAGAAUGAAUGGACAUCCAACCUGUGUGUGAUUUUAUGUCGGUGCCGUUACCGUCCGCCCUGCACGGUUCCCGGUCUGCAACUCACAUCAGACCCUUCAGUCUGAGGAGCAGCGAGUGUUCAACCUGCUGCCUGACUUCUUCUCUGAUGGGAAGGAGGUGAAAGCGUCCUGAAAGUAACUCUCUGACUUAAGGCCACGUCUGUCUGGCUCGGUGGAAAAUCCAGACAGAUCGCUGUACUAAGAGGAGACUGAGCAGAGGGAGCCGGGGACUUUGGGAUCUGAUCCAAUGACCUGUAGGAGGAGAGAAGCAGUGUAGAGGCUUGAUUAAAAUGGGGCUGCAGAUCUUCAUACCUGCUGACAGUGUGUCUGAGGGCUGCUCGUUGAGCCCACAGCCAUGCCAGACGUAAAGCCUCCACCACCAUGUGACUACCCUUCCACCUCCUCCGCUGCAGCCUCCGCUGGCUCUCCUGCUGGCUGCGCCUCCUGCCUCGACCUCCUCAUAGACAUGGAGCCCUGCAUCGCCAACCUCCCUCUGUCCCCCGACCCCUUGUCCUCCUUCCCCCGACACAGACCCAGCAUCCCUCACUACCCGGGCCUCCAGGGGGCUCCCUUCCCGCUCAUGGCCAGGUGUAACAGCAGCACCCUGCUCACUAACCUGGGGCUGAGGUACUGCUCCAGCAGGCAGGGCCCUCUGGGGGUGUGGCCGGGUCAGGUGCCGGCGCCGGGCUCUGGCAACCACACAGGAAGCAAUGGCGGCAGGCCUUACAGGAGUAUGGAGAACCUCAACUGGAACACUGUGGCAGAUUCUGGCCUGUGUGCAUUCAGUGCCGCCCCCUACAGGAGUGUGGACAGUGAGUUUAUUUUACGCUACACCUCCACUAGCCACUGGUAUGAUGGGCCUCCAGAUGGAUCUAUGGUGGGUGGCCAUGGAUUUGUACCCAACCAAGAGAGUCUGGCGUUUUACCCUCGACAUGGGCUGCCCAGGAAGGACCUACCGCUCUUCCCUCAGUUGCUGUUUUCAGGUGGCGUCGACGAAUGGGAUGCGAGGAAGGGCCUGCGGGAGAAACUCCGCCUCCAGAGUGCACGGUCAUCACUUGAGCCUCUGAAGCCCCUUCCGUUGCGGCCUCAGGUGAUCCCGGGUGUUACACCCAUCGAACGGGAGGGUGUGCAUCACGUCAAUUCAACAGUUACUGGGUCCAGGCCGCUGUGCACAAUGCGCAUCACCAGCCCAGAGGAGAUCAAGCAGGAGGUCCUGAGGCGCCUACAGCUCCGGCGGCAGAACAGCAGCCCCAACCUGGCUCUCCAUAGCUCUCCAUCCAGCCCAAAAGUGGUUAAGACAGCAUACACAACAGACAACAUUGCAGGUAACAGGAAUGCAUCAGAUUCUGCAUCGGAGCGCCGCAGACCCCCUGUGGGACGCCUACAUAUCCCUACGUUUGAGGAGUUUAAGAGGAUGAGGCAGAAAGAGGGUGAACAGAGCAAAGAGUCCACAGCGGGUUCUGUGGUAUCUGGAAAAUCUGAGGCUGACUUGUCACAAGAAGCAGGAAUAUCAGACCGUAAGAUAUCUCCUUCUGAUCGGGCCGUCCCUCAGUUGAGCUGUAGUGGAGGAAACCGAGAGCAGCGAGAAGAUUCAGAGGAGCUGGAGGGAGAAAUGAGCAGAGGGACCUCAGAGAGACCUCCUUGUAACACUGUGAACAGUAGCAGCCCUCCCAUCUCCACCUCCGUUACCAGCACAUAUUCACCCAUCCGCACAGGCCCGUCUCCACGUUCACCCCUGCAGCCCGUGGCCAGCUCAACCCAGGAGAAAGCCCCUGCUGCAGGGGGAGAUGAUGGGAGCAGCAGGCGUAGGAGGAGCAGUCUGGAACCAGCUGGGUCAGUUCCUUUCCCGCCCAGCAGGGAGAACUGGGGUCGGCCCUCCAGCUGCUGCCCAGCGCUCCUUCUGGAGGGGACGGACCUGUCCAGCUACGGCGCCAAGAUCUAUAAGAUGAAGGAUGGCCUCAUCGGCUCUGCACUGGACCUCAUCAAGAAGAGCUGCAGUGCAGAGAUCUCCGCCGAGGCCCCCGUCAGGCUGUCAGGUGACCGGGACGGAGGCUGUGACAUCACCACCCCCUUGGCCGACUGUCAGCCCUCCGCCGUUGCCAUGGCAACGUCGGCAACGGCCUGCAGAGCCGAAGCUGGCGACGAGACGCCUGCAGGAGGAGGAGGAAGAGUGGAUGCAGGAGAAUGUCAGCACACCAGUCUGGGCUGCAGGCGCUCCAGCUCGGACGCAGCCUAUGAGCUGGCUGAGACGGUGAGGGCGCAGCGUGAGUGCCGUCUCCGGCCCCACUACAGCGAUCCCAUGCCAGCCGACGCCUCCAAGCGCAAACAGCUGGAGAUGAAGAUCGCUGCAGCCGCCCGACUCCACGGCCAUCGCAGAGACCGCGACAGAGACAGAGACAGUGCUCCAGCAGCAAUUCGUGGUCGCUCAGAGCCCCCUGGUGAGGAGCGCCAGGCGGGUCUGGGUGUGACUCGCUCCGGGCAGCAUCGCUGGAGCACCAUCAGCAGCCUGAGCGUCGACAGCGGAGUGGUAGGCCUCAGUGAUGAGCGGGAGGAGGAGGACAGUGAGCCUCGCCGUUACCGAAGAAACCGGGGAGCCGAGGUGGAACGCGUGGACAGCGGCAUUGGCCCGGGUCUGUCCCGCACCUGGAAGAGACCAUCUGCCUCUCUCAGAGCCUGGGAGGCCCAGAGACCCUGUCCAGACUGUGGAAUGAGGGACGGCGCCUCCAAAGAGCGAGGAGAGCGCAUGUGUGAACGUUGCUCCAAGCUGCGCACCGAGCGCAAGGAAGCCAUCCUGGAGUUUCUGAACACCGAGUCGAGCUACGGCGAGGACCUGCGGAUCAUCAAGGAGGAGUUUUACUGCCCCAUGCAGAGUGCUGGGCUGCUGACUGCUGAGCAGCUCAUUGUGGUGUUUAGCAACGUUCAGGAGCUGAUAGACGUCAACGACCGCUUCACUGAACACCUGCAGGACAGCAUCGACCAGGCCUUUGACCAGGGAGAUGAGGAUCUGCUCACAGUGUACAUAGGAGAGAUCUUUCUGGAGUUCGUCAACAUGCUGCCUGCCUUCCAGACCUACUGCCUGCAGCAGUCCACCUCGGUCAACUUGCUCAACACACUGGAGAAGGAGAAAGAGCUGCUCAGAAUCUUCCUGGAUGUUUCCCAGAAUGACAACACAGCACUGCGUCGUAUGAACUUGCGCUCCUUCCUCAUGGCGCCCCUCCAGCGUGUCACUAAAUACCCGCUUCUACUGAGCCGCAUCAUUAAGGUCACUUCCGAAUGCCACCCCGACUAUGCGCGUCUCCGUGAGGCCAAGAGCCGGGUCGAAUCCCAUCUGGAGCACAUCAACAUGAAGACCAAGCAGGAGGGCAACGGCGUCACCUGGUCCCUCCGCUCGUUCCGCCGCGACAGCCGCAAAAACCGGGAGGUCAUCAACAUUGAGAUGCGAGAGGUGUCGAUGAAGACGGUGGGCUGGGCAAGAGAAAACACACGAUUUGUCAUGGAGGGACCCCUCCAGUUGUCCCAGCCGGCAGAUGGUCAGUGGGUGAAGAAGGGCACCAAGGCCCUCAAGUUCCAAAAUGUCCAGACUCUGCUGAUGGUGAGGAUACAGCGAGCUGGUGAAGCCCCAGGACAGGGGACCGACCUGGGGGCAUGGGGGGAUCAGGGAGAAGGUGGUGGUGACAGCAUUAGAGACGGAGUGCUGGUUAUAAUCAAGGACAAGAGCAGCGGGAAGUUCACAGUGCUGAGAGAGCCCAUCCGUCUGGGAAACUGCGUGGUGUCGACAGAUCCGGACUGUGAGGACACCUUCGAGGUGCUCGAUAUUCGGCGGGAGUCUUUUGUUUUCCGCGCCUCGGACAAAUCUCGCACCCAGCAGUGGUUCCAUCAGAUUAAGAGAUAUACUCGAGACUUGGGCACCUGGAGGAAAAGACGCAAUGCUCUGCCUAACAUCAUGAUCAACACAAACCAGACCCGCUCCUGAGACUAACCAUCCCCUGGCUUUUGUUACACUGUAAAUAACCUGAAUCCUUCUACUGCAAAACUAAACUGGCAACAAGAAGUAUUUCGGAGUAACGGCAUUGUUAAAACAUGUUAGAUUUCAGUACAAAAAAAAUCGCUCUCAAAGUAAACGGAAGAUAAAGCACUUUUUUUCUUACAAAGCUGUAAGUGCGCCAUACUGUCAUGAAGUUGUGUGUGAAGAUUCAAGUCGUUGAAAAUAUCAGAUUCUUGGACAACCAAAAAAAAUGGGCUGUGCUUGUCAGCCUUGAUUGUAAAGACAGUUUGCUCUUGGAGAAAGAGAGCUGUGUUUCAGUAAAUAAGGAGUGUGUGUUUAAAAAGCAUGACUGAACAUGGCUGACUGCAAAAAGAAAAAUUGUAAUGUAAUUUUUUUUUUUUUUUUUUUACAAGACGGUGGGUAGGGAAACAUUUGUUUUUGGUAUGUAGUGGUGGAGAUGCGUUCGAGAGCUUUGUUCAGUGGUUUCUGUUGGUUGUCACUGCCCUCUACUGUCUGUGUGCCGCCCUCUACUGUACGUUGGCGGUACAGCAACUUUCACUGCCAGAGAUGCAGUUGAGCAGAGCCUCUCUGACAGGCUGAGCAGACCUCCUGUAUCACUGUGUUUUAAAUGAGAACUCACAUAACAGCAAUAAUCUCUGCCAAUUCCAAAAUAAGUAGCUACUGUACAUGCGUUUAAUUUCCCAAGAUUCCCUUUGGCGUUCAGGUGUUCCUGAGUUUCAUGUGGCAGACUCAAGUCUCAAAUCUAAUCAUGUUCAUGGCUUAAAGCUUCCCUACAUCAUCCUGACACAAAGGAACUGGAGUUACGAUCAAUUAGUGCCAUGAAAGCAGUUUGUGACAAGUCUAGUCAGUCUCCUUUAACCGUUUCCUGUUAACAUCAUGUCACACAGGUAAAGUCAAACACUGUUUUUCAACCUUGUGUUCAGGACUUCCUGUAGGGUCACAUAGACCGGGCCAUGGGACAGAACAGGUGUAUUGAUGUAUGUUUGAUCUAGCUGUAGGGCUGCAGUUAUUUGCAUUAUUGAUUUAUCGGAUUUAAUCAUUUGGUCUAAUAAUGUCUGACAUAUUGAAAAAUGGAAAUCUCAAAUUCCAAGACCCCUAACAAGAGUCUUCUAAUGCUUUGUUUGACUAACAGUCUAAAACCCAAAGUUAUUUAAGUAACGAUUAUACAGAAAAGGGAAAAGCAACAUUUGAUAAAUUGGAAGAAGCAAAUGUUUGGCAAUUUUGAAAUAAAAUUACUGUCAGUUUGUAAUUAGCAAUUAAAUAGGUUUGAAAUAUGUCACUAUUCCUAUAUAAUCCCACCCUCUUCCCAUGACCCUAUAAAGCAAAGAUAUGCCAUUAAGUUGCCACGAUUACAUGAAAUAUGUUCAGCAAUUUUGGGAUAAAGGUUUGAAAACCCUGUUUACCUGACUCAACCAUCUCGUCAUGACACAGUUUUACCUUUAUGUGACCUAGCGAUGAGCUGUUGUGCCUUGGUAUGUCAUUGCUGUUACGCUAAAACAUACUGAAAUAUUUGCAACCUGUCACAGUAGCAUUGAUCUCUGACAGACAGACUAGACUGCCCUCUGUCGGCACUUGAGACCAAUUUACAGGCAAUAUAAUUAUUCCUCUGACAGUCCCUGGUUGCUGAUAUGUGAUAACCUGAUCCUCUUAUUUUUGCCUGUUUUUAUUUAUGAAGGCUUUAUUUUCUUUAAUGCACUUUAAUAUUAUUAUCAGUAAUUAAAAGUUUUCCAGUAUAACAAAAGCAUGUUACCCAGUCUUGUUUAUUUACAAUUCUUCAUACCAGAAGGAACCUAGUUGACCAAAGCUGAUUUCAGCAGGUCGAGACAACGCAGUCAUCGAACCAAAACCACUAUUUAAGACUGAUACUGUUUUACGUUGGCUAUGAAGUAGCACUAAUAAAGGUAGCAAAAUCACUGUGUUUUGGAGGGCAGGGCUGCUCAACUCCACACCAAUACUCCUGUGCUGUCAGAGGAUGCUGUUUCAGAUUAUUCCUUUCAAAAUGUAGAAAACAAACCAAGCCUGCUGAAUUGCAUACAGUUUCUUUUGUUUCCUCGUUUGAAAGACCCAAUGUAUUAUUUCCCAAUGUAAUAUAUUGUGAAUUAUAUUAAAAGAUUUUAAACACGA